CAACCACCACCGGUGCCUCCAUCUCACGAUGUCGGGACCGUCUCCAGUGCUCAGCCAUCCCGGAACAGUUACCCAUGUCGUGAAAGCCCUGUGCACUCGGGGGAGAGGGUCAAGAUACACCCACCCACUCCAGGCCACACAUCCUCCCAGCCACAAACCAUCCACCUCCGCAGAGCCACCCCUUUCUGCUCGUCCUGGCCAGAGAGAGUGUCGGAGGACGGGCAACGCUCCACUACCCCACAGACACACCGCAGCGAGAAUGUGGACGAUCUGAUCCCAAACAACAUCAAACACAAAUUUGGGAGCAAAAUCGUGAAUGAGCUGUUGACUCAGGAAGAGAUUGAGAAGUUUUGGGCUGAGAAAGAUGUGGAGGAGAAUGUGGUGCCAAGUGCAGAGGUUGAAGAAAAGCCACAGAAACCAGCCAUCGACCCUCUUGACACGUACGAGAGCCUGAGUUUCCCGCUGCGCCACAACCUCUUCCCAGGAGCUCCUACCAAGUGGAAGAGCCUGGCCAGAGAUAGCUACACACAAGAGGUGCAUCAUCGCUUUCAGUUGGACAUGGACCACUGGCACGGCAGGCGCACAGAUGAGCUGGGUCAAUGGGUUGAGAAGAACAUCAUCCACGAGAGGAUGAAGAAAGCCCUGGGGGAGCUGAGGAAAGGAAAGAACGCUUCCUGAGCCCAUCCAACCCCC